CAGUCUGGAACCGAAACAAAGGCAAAGGAAACCUGUCAUGUAAAAAGUUUCUACCCCCUUCAAAUUUCUAUAACGCGGCCUACCAAACAUUAGUCGAAUUAGUCUUUGUUGUCUUAUUUACAUCCCUUCUUGCGAACAACUCUUAAAUAAUCCUGGAAAGUUUAGUUCAACAUAUCCCCCGUUUCUUUUUCAGGAAUUAGAUUCAUCAUCUUCUUCUUCUCCUGUCCGAUUUUUCUUGACCAACUGUCUUUACUCCAUUUCCAUAGCCUCAGCAAAUAAGAGAAAUUGAAAAGUAUGGCUGAGGAAGCAAUUGGCAGCAUCUCGAUCAGGAGAGGACUCAAAGGCAAUGAAUUGUUGCCUUUCGCGAUACAGUUCCUAAGAGGACGAUGGUUUGCACUUUUUGCUUCCUUCCUUAUCAUGGCAGGAGCUGGGGCAACAUAUUUAUUUGGAACUUACUCCAAGCUGAUCAAAGCUACUCUUGGUUAUGAUCAGACAACACUCAAUCUCUUAGGCUUCUCCAAGGAUCUUGGCGCUAAUGUUGGGGUUCUCUCCGGCCUUAUUGCUGAGGUAACACCGACUUGGUUUGUGCUCCUACUUGGGGCUGCACUCAACUUUGGAGGCUAUUUCAUGAUAUGGUUAGCUGUGACAGGAAAAAUAGCCAAGCCAAAAGUUUGGCAAAUGUGCAUUUACAUCUGUAUAGGAGCCAAUUCUCAGAAUUUUGCAAAUACAGGAGCUCUCGUCACCAGUGUCAAGAACUUCCCUGAAAGCAGGGGUUCUAUGUUAGGUCUCUUGAAGGGCUAUACUGGGCUAAGCGGAGCUAUCAUGACACAAAUUUACUUGGCUGUAUAUGGAAAUGAUUCGAAAUCUCUCAUCCUUCUUAUUGGAUGGCUUCCGGCUGCAAUUUCAGUCAUAUUUGUAUACACAAUUCGGAUAAUGAGACCUGUUAGGCACCCGAAUGAGAUUCGAGUCUUUCAACAUUUCCUCUUCGCCUCAAUUGUUCUAGCAGUUUUUCUCAUGGCAAUAACUUUAACUGAGAAACUGGUUUCUUUCUCAAAAGCAGAAUACGCUGGCGCCACCACAGUGGUUUGUUUCCUCGUCUUUGCCCCUCUCUUUAUUUCAAUUAGAGAAGAAUUACUCGUUUGGAACAUCAAGAAACAGCCUAUAAAUCCUCCAACCGAGAUAACAUUUGAGAAGCCAAAACCCGAAGUAGUUGAAUCAAAACAAGAAGCUUCGGAGUCCGGUUCUUCAAAACAGGCUGAUGAAAAGGCAGAAAAGUCUUGUUUCCUUAGCAUUUUUUAUAGGCCUGAGAGAGGAGAGGACUACACAAUUUUGCAAGCACUGACAAGCAUUGACAUGUUGAUUCUGUUUCUUGCAACAUUCUGUGGACUUGGAUCAAGCUUAACAGCCGUAGACAACUUGGGGCAGAUUGGUGAGUCGCUCGGCUAUCCUAAUAAGACAGUAAGUUCUUUUGUGUCCCUUGUUAGCAUCUGGAAUUACUUUGGGAGAGUCUUUUCUGGGUUUGUUUCCGAAAGCUUGAUUGUAAAGUACAAGCAUCCGCGGCCACUCAUGAUGACUAUGGUCCUUCUACUUGCAUGCAUCGGCUACCUCUUGGUUGCCUUUCCAGUUCCGGGUUCACUCUACAUAGCAUCAAUCAUAAUUGGAUUCUCAUUUGGUGCACAACUGCCAUUACUUUUCGCCAUCAUUUCUGAGCUUUUUGGCCUAAAGUACUACUCUACAUUGUUCAAUUGUGGACAAUUGGCUAGUCCUCUUGGGUCAUACAUAUUCAAUGUGAAGCUUACUGGGUUUCUGUACGAUAGAGAGGCAUUGAAGGAUCUUGCACAGAAAGGUCUAACACGGUCCUCAGUGAAAGAAUUGACUUGCAUUGGCACUCAUUGUUACAGGCUACCAUUUAUAAUUUUGGCUUCUGUUACAUUUUUUGGAGCCUUGAGCUCUCUAAUUUUGGUGGUGAGAACCAGGAAAUUCUACAAAAGCGAUAUAUACAAGAAGUUCAGAGAAAAUGCUGAGAAUUUAUGAGACAGAAAUGGUCAUUUGGCCUUGGAAUCCGAUAAAAGAUAGGAGGUGAGAUUUAACUAGGUUCACAAUUGAGACGGGACCGAUGACAAAGUAGCCAAGUGGGUUUGUUCCAUAUUUUCUUUUCCUUUGUUUUCCCCUUCCCUGACCCAGAUUCCAUGCUGUCAACUAUUACCAUUUUUAUGUACAAUUACUACCCAUAAUUUAAAGUUGCUUUUAGAACUUGCAAAUUUGUCUGAGUAAGCAGAAAGCAGAGGAAAUCAGGAAAGUGCUCAGUGGCCACUGCUCUUUAGACUUGUGAUGGCAUAUAUUUUGGUUUUAUCGUUUGUUCAUACACGCUCGCUAGCAUUACAUGACAAAAGAAGCAUCACCCAACCCUUUUUCCCCAAUUCAAAGUUUAUUUUUCUCUUUCUUCUAUGUAAGAUUCUGUGAUUCACGGGUGGGAUUGUAAGUGGCAACUUGUGAUAUGGUGGGUUCGGAAACACGUUCCAAUUUGUGUAGGAUUUUUUCUUUUAUCUUAUUUUGGACAAAGUUAAAGAUUAUUCACAUUGUCAGCCAACCCUGAUCCUUGGACUACCCACUAACUUCACUUCUUAUUACUCAUCAAUGAUCCCCACGUAAUUAAUGAGACAUUGUCUCAACCUCC